AUGUACCACCUUGACGACGACUAUUUUACAAGAUUCAACCAGCCGUCGUCUUCUACAGUACAAUUUCCAUCAGAAUCGUUAAGAUACGGAGGGAGUGGUUCAGCCACAACAACCACAUUCGGCGCUGAAAACGACCAGCAAUCCACACGUUUCCGGUCGCAAUCUGCCGACAAUCGAAGAGCCGCAUUCCAAUCAAAACCAAGAACCAUCUCAGAGGAUCACAUUCACGAGCCCUGGAAUCAAGGACCACUUCGAGCAGCUGAGGUGCAUUUCCCAUCGCAGCAAAGAAGACCUGCGUCGACCACACCCUGGACUCAUUCAGAGUAUCACUCGGCUCAUAACCUGUCAGUACCCUCUUCCUUCUCGGAACAUCUUCGUGAAAGAUCGCCAGCCAGUGGCUCUGCACUUCUCGACUUACUCUCUCGUUACCCGUCGGCACAGAACUCUGUGCAAAACUCUUCAGCCGUGCAAGCCUACAUUGAUAGAAUUCAUUCGGAUAGGCCUCCACCUACCCGGACCUAUACUUAUCACUCAUCUGAAUCCAACUUCCCGCUGAUUGAAUACUCUGUUCGACAAGAAGCACCAAACGGAUUCAAGACCACCACUUCUGUCUACCAAAACGUGGUACCAAACGGAAACGGAUAUCCGACCCAUCAAAGAGUGCAAACCACUUUCACGUCAAACGGACCGGUAACUUCCGCCUUUCAUCGUGAAUACCAGAACUCAACCCCUCAUCAAUAUCAGCACUCCAAUUCGCUCGGUGGUCCUCCUCCGCCACUUCCACGCGAAUCGUCAUUGCAACAGCAGCAGCAACAGGCGCACCCGUUCGAAAAUCGAUCCGAGCUUCAUCGUCAUCCGCCGCCAUCUUCCUCUUCAUCUCAUCAAUUUUACAACAACGGAGUACCCGCACCCGCCUCAAGUGCGUCGUCCGGAGGUUUUCGUCAACCCGUGUUUCACGACACGGAUCAGUUAGACCUGAUUGCACAACGUCUACUUGAUGAAAACAUGAGUCGUAGCACAUCAGAAUGGAGCAAGUCAUUUGAACAGUUGCAGAAUAGAUUCCAAAAUUUGGAAGGAGAAGAUCUACUCACGCCGUCCGCUUUUACGAGCAGUGGGUCUAUGACGUUGCCGCGUCGUGGAACGCAGCUGCCAAUUUCAAAGUCAUCUAGUAACUAUGAAGUGAAUAGCUCACUUCUGGGAAGAGCUGUUGAACGAGCACGAGCAGCUGAAGCUCCAGAACCAAGAAGAUCUGGUGCAUUGGAUAAUUUCUGGAGUCAGACUAUCAGCUCCAGACCAUCAUCGCCUACUAUCCAAAGAAUCCCAACAAGUCUUACGGCAGCAGAACGUCUUCAAAUGCUCCAAGAACCAAUUGACACUGAGAAAAGAUAUCCCCAGAGAAUUGGCAGUGGUCAAGGAGUCGCAGCAAGAAAAGCAGAGCUCAUGAGAGAGCCUCCUGUUGAGUACAAUGAGAAACCAAGGACACCGUUGAACCCAGCAUUUCCAUCGAACUCAUUUUUGGUUCCAAAUUUCAACGAACUCGACAGUGCCGUCAAUGAACUAUCCAGAACGGUGCGAGGGACCACAUUUGGUGCGACAGGAUACAACUCCAAACCUGGAACACCUACUCCAAAUGAUACAUUGAGCAGAAGACUCGGAGGUUGUGGUAGAUUCCCCACUGGAGACCAUGCAUUCAGUCCACCACCACUUGAGCACUCGAAAUCUCCUUCUUCGUCACUUCACCGGAAACUUCAUUCUCCUUCUCCAACAGAUGAAGUCAGUGAGAGCUCUUCAGUGUAUCAGAUUCCAACCGGACUUCCUCAUCCCAAACCGAAACAUAAUGUGAAAGAGCAACUUUAUCUUGCUGGAAUUCAAACGCCUGGCUAUCAGAUUUCUCGGACAAUGUAUCGAAAUGGACCGAACUUUCCUGUUCCGUCAACUGGCAGUGUUGCCUCAAGGAUUACUGAAUUUGAAAAACGACCAGGCACCCCCGUUGUCCAACUCUCAACCACCACCGUCAAAUACAAUGAGAAUGUACCAGUUGCGGUAACCCCUAAAGCCGUACCGCAAACCAAUGGAAAUAUGAGUCCGAGGAGUGCAGUGUUUCGUGCUAAACCGGUUAUUCACGUGGAUAUGGGCAGCACUUAUCAUCAGUCGUCACCUGCUCCACCUAUCCGCCACAUUCAGGUGCAUACUCAAGUGGGUCAAGUUCAACAGCCACUGCAUCAGAAUCAAAACCAAAUCUACCAAAAUGUAAACCAUCAAACUUUCCAACAACCUAACCAUUACCGACCGCAUCAACAACUCCCGAUCAAACAACAUGACACUGCUACUCAUUCUAUUUUUGACUUCAAAUCUAAUACCGUUCCAAUGUAA